AUGUCCAAUAUCCAUCACUCUUCCAAAUACAAAAUUAUUUAUUCACUUCUUCUUGUCCUUUCACAGACCUUAACUCUUCCAUCGCUGUGUUUAGAGACCAAAGACAAUGUCUUCCCUGCCUUCAUCAGAUGGCAUGUGACCGUCAUUAAUCGCUUAAACGCCUCCAAAGGAAUGUUGGUUCAUUGUCGGUCACAAGACGAUGAUCUCGGCCUCCAAACCCUCCCACCAACAGCUAAUAUCACGUGGAGUUUUGAGGCCAAUUUCUUCCACUCCACACUUUUUUGGUGCCGCCUUCAAAAAGGUGGUGGCGGUGGACACGGCAGCGUUAGGGCAGCAUUUAAGGUGUUUUGGCACGAUGUGCGACUGUUUGAUAAGUGUGGUUGGAAAAACUGCAUUUGGAUGGCUAAAGAUGAUGGCAUUUAUAUCAGAAACUUUGCUAAGGAGAUUGAUCAACUUUCUUAUACAUGGGAAGGUUGAAUAAAUGUUUAAAUCACUAAUGUUUUCUUUUUCCGUAUAUUAAAUUGGUGUUUAUUUGUUAUUUGUUGUAACCAUC